CAAAAAUUCCCCCGCGACGAGUCUCCUUUUCUUUCUACUGCCCAUUAAUUUUUUGUUAAUUUCUAUCGCUUUUAUCCGGUCAUAAUCAUGGCACCCAACGAUUCCAAGAAACGCUUAGCGCUGGCCAUCGUCGAUUUCCUCGGUUCCAGCUUGAAGGACGGCACUCUCACUGCGGAUGACGCCGAGUCUAUUGAAAUUGCCCAGUCAUGUAUUGCGGAUACAUUCAAGGUCGAUCCCUCUGAUGAGGCUGCUGUCAAGGAUGCCGUAGGUGGACAGUCGUUGGCGAACAUCUACAGUGUUUACGAAAAGCUCCGGAAUAGACCGUCUGGUGAUGCUUCUGCCACUUCCUCUGCGUCCUCCAGCAGCGCACAAGCCCCGGCAGCUGAGCGAUCUACGCCCAAGCCUGGUGUGCCCACUCCAGAGUCCGACAAGUUGAAGGCUGAGGGUAAUGCCGCGAUGGCGAGCAAGGACUAUGACGGCGCUAUCAAUUUCUACACCCAAGCUCUGGAGAUCUCCAAGGCGAACCCCAUCUACCUUUCUAACCGUGCUGCUGCUUAUUCUGCCUCCGGUCAGCAUGAGAAGGCCGCAGAGGACGCAGAGUAUGCCACUGUUGCGGACCCGACAUACUCUAAGGCCUGGAGCCGUCUGGGACUUGCUCGAUACGACAUGCAAGACUUCCACGGGGCCAAGGAGGCCUACGAGAAAGGUAUUGAGGCUGAAGGCAACGGUGGCAGUACCGCCAUGAAGAAGGGUCUCGAGACCUGCAAGAGGAAGAUUGACGCCACCCAAGGUGUGGAGUCUUCCAACGCUGGUAACGAAGGUACACGUGGUGCUGGUGCUGGUGCUGGAGGUAUGCCUGAUCUGUCCUCUCUGGCUAGCAUGCUUGGCGGCGGCGGCGGCGGCGGCGGUAUGCCCGACCUCGGCUCCAUGAUGAACAACCCCAUGUUUGCAAACAUGGCCCAGAACCUCAUGAGCAACCCCGAUGCUCUCGGCAGCAUCAUGAACAACCCGCAAUUACGUUCGAUGGCUGAGAACUUUGGUCGUGGUGGUGGAAUGCCCGACAUGUCCAGCUUGAUGAACGACCCCAACAUUGCAAACAUGGCUCGGAAUAUGAUGGGCGGCGGCGGUGGUGGUGGACAAGGAAACUGAAGUAUAAUACCUGGCUUGUUGGAGAGUUCUGGCAGUUGUUGCUCUUUUCGAUGAUUGUUAUUCGCCUAAGUUGCUAUUAUUCACCCCGAAGUUUACGAGUUUAUGGUAAAACCUUGCAGCGAAUGGAGUUAUUUGACGAUACUGCACUUGUUUUCGAUUGUAAGACUACAGAAGACGAGCAGUAUAAUAAGAUGAUGUUGGUCAGGUCCAGAU